AUGCUCAAAGCUCUGGUAAUACCUUCUUUGCCUCACUUGUCUGAUUCAUAUUAUAAGGCAUGUUUUAUGAGUGGACUUAAAGAAGAGAUAGUCAAUAUGGUAAAAAUCUCUAAAUCUGAAACCUUAGCUGUUGCCAUUGAAAUAGCAAAACUCCAAGAAAAGAACAUCAAAGCAAUCCAAAAAGUGCAGAAACCUGUCAAUACCAGUUUCAAUAGCCAAAGAACCCACAGCAAAACUACAUCCCACCCCAAAUGGAACCAAAACUUCCCCAAACACACCAACAAACCCCCUGAUCAGAACACUUCCAACCAGAACCUAUUUAAAAAAAUAACCCCCACAGAAUACAAUCACAGGAGAGAAAAGGGGCUAUGUUAUAGAUGUGCAGAACCUUAUACCUUGGGGCAUGUUUGCAAACAAGCUCAUGCACAUCUACUGUUGGCUGAGGAAACUGAAGACAGGGAAGAGAGUAGGGAACCAGAGGAGGAAGUUUUCUGUGACUGCAUUAAUGGGGGUCUGGCAGGGGAACACAUAGAAGUAUCAAUUCAUGCCUUGGCUGGAGGAGCAAGGCACAAAACUAUAAGGCUGAAGGGUCAUGUUAAGGGGAGGCAAGUCACUGCACUGAUUGAUAGUGGCAGUACCCAUUGCUUCUUCGAUGAGCAGCUGGCAAAAGAAUUAAAACUGUGUACACAGGGGCCAACCUUGGUAGUCAAUGUAGCUAAUGGUGAAAGGGUGGAUUCCAAAGGACUGGAUAGGCCUUUGCAAUGGGAAAUGAAAGGGCAUCAGUUCCAGCAUACCUUCAACACUAUAAGGUUGGGGGGAUGCGACAUGAUACUGGGAGUGGACUGGUUGGCCAAACACAGCCCUAUAGAGUUCAAUUUCAUGGAGCUCAGUAUGAAGAUCCUCAAGGGGGAGCAAGAAAUAAUACUGAUGGGAGAGGACAUCUGCACCAAGUUGGAGAUAUUCAAAGGAGGCAGGCUAGCAAAAUGGCUAAGGAAGCAGGAAUAUGGACUGGUAGAACAACUGGUGGCCAUGGGGAAGAAAGAAGGUCUAGGACAGAUACCCAUUGAAAUCAGUCAUAUGCUAGAUCAAUACAAGGAUGUCUUCGAAGAGCCAAAAGGAAUGCCUCCAACAAGGAGCCAUGAUCACCAGAUUGUUCUCAAGGAUGGAGCCAGGCCCUUCCAGGUAAGGCUAUGCAGGUGCCCCUACGUGCAGAAGACAGAAAUUGUGAGAUUAGUGAAAGAAAUGCUAGAACUGGGCAUCAUACAACCCAACACUAGCCCGUUUGCUUCACCAGUGCCACUAGUUAAGAAAAAAGAUGGGACAUGGAGAUUCUGUGUGGACUACAGGCAACUGAAUGAGCUAACAGUGAAAAAACAAUUCCCCAUGCCUCUGAUUGAAGAGUUAAUAGAUGAACUGCAUGGGGCCAAGUACUUCACAAAAAUGGACCUGAGAGCAGGAUACUUUCAAAUCAAGGUCAAAGUGGAGGACAUACCAAAGACCGCUUUUAGGACUCAUCAAGGACUCUAUGAGUUCAAGGUCAUGCCAUUUGGCUUGACCAAUGCACCCGUGACCUUCUAG